UUUUGUUUGUUUUCUAUUGUUAUAACUUUGGGAAUUUAGAGAUUGAAAUCCUUGCUAUUGAUUUUCGAAUGAAAAGGAUUUCAAAUCUCAAUUCCCAGUUAGACUUGAAAUAAUAAUCAAAAAGCAAAAUGGCUUUUUCAGGAAGCCAACAGAAAUGUAUAGCUUGUGAAAAAACUGUUUAUAUUGCAGAGAUGAUAUCUACAAAUGGUGUUGUUUAUCAUAAUACAUGUUUUAGGUGCAAUCAUUGCAACGGAAAGCUUGCAUUGAGCAAUUAUUCCACCCUAGAUGGAGUUUUAUAUUGCAAGCCUCAUUUUGAACAAAUCCUCAAGGAGAAAGGAGGCGCCUCCUUGAAGCAUUCUACAUCUUUGGGGAAGCAAAAUGAACUGAACAGAAGCCCUAGCAAAGUUUCGGCUCUCUUUUCUGGUACUCAAGAUAAAUGUGCCGCAUGUAAAAAGACUGUUUACCCGUUAGAAAAG